GGUUUUCAUUGCACCCUCCUUGUGCCUAUUCAAAGAGGAAAAGGGGGGAAUGCAGAGGGAGAGGGAAGCAGGGAGGGAGAGCGGCUGCUUUGGGUGGACCUCCCCAGUCUGCUGACACGAGCAGUGUAUGAUUCACUCUCACACCCACUGUGCAAUACAUUCCUCAGGCUCUGAGCCUUACAGCAGAGCACUCUCAUGUCACUUGUUGAACAGGGAACCGCACAGUACAUCAGGACCAGCUCGCCUUCGGAUACCGUAAUACCCCCCCACCCAUUGCUCCUUUCGAAGAGAAUGAUAAGCGAGACCUAACUUCGUUCAAAGAUGGAAAAAAACGACGGCGGCUCCGGGGAAAAGGUGCCAAAAAUGGCACUCAGCAAAAAAUGGGCCUCUCUGAAGGAGAAGCUUUCACCUCAAGAUUCGGACCAGAGCGAGGCCAACUUAGAGAAUGCAGAUCCCGAGCUGUGCAUCCGCCUCUUACAAAUCCCAUCUGUGGUGAACUAUUCCGGCCUUAAGAAGAGACUUGAGAGCAGUGAUGACAACUGGAUGGUGCAGUUCUUGGAGCUCAGUGGCUUGGAUCUUCUGCUGGAGGCCUUGGACAGGUUGUCCGGUCGAGGAGUGUCCAGGAUAUCUGAUGCUCUCCUCCAGCUCACUUGCAUUAACUGUGUCCGAACAUUAAUGAAUUCCCAUAAGGGGAUCGAAUACAUUGUCAACAAUGAAGGCUAUGUUCGAAAGCUUUCUCAAGCUCUUGACACGUCCAAUGUGAUGGUGAAAAAGCAAGUGUUUGAACUGAUUGCGGCCCUGUGCAUCUACUCCCUGGAGGGCCAUGCGUUGGCUCUGGAUGCACUCGAGCAUUAUAAGGCCGUGAAGAAUCAGCAAUAUCGAUUUAGUGUCAUCAUGAACGAGCUCUCCGCAACGGAUAACGUUCCUUACAUGGUCACGCUGCUCAGCGUCAUCAAUGCUGUCAUUUUGGGAACGGAGGAGCUGAGGCUGCGCAUACAGCUGAGAAACGAGUUCAUAGGUCUUCAGCUGCUGGAUGUGUUAACGAAAUUAAGGGAUCAUGAGGAUGAAGACUUGUUAGUUCAAGCUACUGUGUUUGAGGAAGCCAAGUCAGAGGAUGAUGAGGAUCUCCUCAAGAUUUACGGAGGAAUUGAUAUGAACAAUCACCAAGAGGUUUUCACAACACUCUUUAACAAAGUGAGUUGCUCACCAUUAUCGGUCCAGCUACUCUCCAUUUUGCAAGGUCUUUUGCAUUUUGAUGUUUCACAUCCUUCCAGCCCAUUACUUUGGGAGGCCUUGGAAUUUCUGGUGAACAGAGCUGUUUUGCUUGCCGAUGACUGCAAAAGUAACAACCUUGCGGAGGUCAUGGACAGACUUUUAGUUUCCAAGAAACAAAAUAAACAAAAAACCAAAGAUCAAAAUGUCGAGAGAGUACACAAAAGUAUACAGACAGAUAAACCCAAAGAUGAUCCUUGUAAGGCACAUUCAACUGGUCAUAAGACAACUGAAUCCCCAAAAGGUUUUCAGCAGAUGACCGUUUCAAUGAUUGAAAACACUUCAACUCUUUUAUCUGGAAGCUCUCCUCCUCCAUUGCCUAUGGACCAGUCUACAUCAUCAUCUCCUCCUCUUCCCUCGAUACAGGUGUUGCCUCCACCACCACCACAUCUUCCUGGCUUGGAUGGUUUUCCAUCUCCCCCUCCUCCUCUUCCAGGUGCUUUGGCAUCACCUCCACCACCACCUCCUCCACUUCCUAGUAUGGGGGUCUUGCCUCCACCGCCACCUCCUCUUCCAGGAAUGGGGGGAAUGCAACUUCCUCCUCCCCCUCCCCUUCCAGGCAUGGGUGGCCUACCACCCCCACCCCCUCCCCUUCCAGGCAUGGGUGGCCUACCACCCCCACCACCUCCCCUUCCAGGCAUGGGUGGCCUACCACCCCCACCACCCCCCCUUCCAGGCAUGGGUGGCCUACCACCCCCACCACCCCCCCUUCCAGGCAUGGGUGGCCUACCACCCCCACCACCACCUCUAGGAGGCUUUGGUGAGGAAAUUAUUGUUGCACGUGUUGAUUAUUCUUUGGGUUACGCAAGACCACCCUUCAUCAAAGUUAACAAGCCAUCAUUAAAAAUGAAGAAACUAAACUGGCAGAAACUGCCUCCCAACGUUUCUAAAGAUGGCCAGUCUAUGUGGUUUUCACCAAGCACCAUUGUAGAAACUCCAGAGCCCAACUACUCCAGCAUUGAGCAGCUCUUCUGUCUUCCACAAGCCGCAGUCAAAGACAAAGCAGCACUACCAGUAAAGAAACCACCAAAAGAGAUUUCAUUUUUGGAUUCUAAAAAGAACCUCAACUUGAACAUAUUUUUGAAGCAAUUUAAAUGUCCCAAUGAAGAGGUAAUUAGACUGAUUGAAAAAGGAGAUCGCUCUAAGUUUGACAUUGAACUUUUAAAACAAUUCCUCAAGCUGCUUCCCGAAAAACAUGAGGUAGAAAAUCUGAAGGCUUUCCAAGAAGAUAAAUCCAAACUCUCAAAUGCUGAUCAGUUUUAUUUGCUGCUUCUCGGUGUUUCCAACUAUCAGCUCCGGAUUGAAUGCAUGCUGGCUUGUGAAGACUGUAACCUCAUGCUAGAAACGCUACGACCAAAGGCGGAAGUUGUCGGCAAAGCUUGUGAUGACAUUCUUGCCAGCCACAGGCUUCCGGUCUUCUGUCAACUUGUCUUGAAAGUUGGGAACUUUUUAAACUAUGGAAGUCAUACUGGAAACGCCAAUGGCUUUAAGAUAAGUACCUUACUGAAACUGACUGAGACAAGGGCCAGUCAAACCCGAAUUACUCUACUGCACCAUAUCUUAGAGGAAAUUGAAGGAAAUUAUACAGAUCUUCUGGAGCUUCCAGAUGACCUUGAGAAGGUAGCGAAAGCUGCUGGAAUUAACGUAGAAAAUAUUUACUCUGAAAUCAGUCUCAACCUAAAAAGAUUAAAAGAACUCCAAAUGAAGAUCUCCAAGUCGUCCAGUGACAUCAGAGAACAGUACGAACAAGGUGUUCGGGACUGUUUUGAUGCACUAAAGGACUUGGAGCUACAGCUGGAAGACAUUUCACAGCAAAAAAAGAAAUUGGCAGAUUAUUUAUGCGAAGAUCCGACAAAACUUUCACUGGAAGAUACUUUUGGAACCAUAAAAACAUUUAGGGACCUCUUUCUGAAAGCAAGGAAGGAAAAUAAAGAUAGAAAAGAGCAAGCUGUAAAGGCAGAAAAGAGAAAGAAGCAAAUCGAGGAGGACGAAGCAAAAAGACAGAAAGGAGAGAACGGGAAAAUCAGUUGCAAAGUUCGCAAAGGAGGGCCCAAGAUAGAAGAAGGUUGUAUCAUUGAUGCUUUACUGGCCGAUAUCAAAAAAGGUUUCCAGCUCCGAAAGACUGCGAAAAGCAAACCAGAUUCUGAGGAUGCUCAAAGGAACUCGAGUAGCGAUCUAAAUGGCAAACCAGGGCAAGUAAAGGAUGAAGACUCAAAAAAGACGGAUAGUAUAAAAGACUGUCCCACUGAUAAUAGUAACGAUAGCGCCAAUCCAUCUCCUGCCAUUGAGGCCACUAAAGACCAAAGGGACCUGCCUCUGGGUCAGCCAUCAGAUAACAUAGUUGUAGAUGAAAAUGCAUGUAAGGCCACUCAAGCUGCACAAAGUUGUGCUGGAAAUAAUGAUAAAAAAGAAACCUUGACCACAGCAACUUCUAGUAUUCAUGUGGACAAAGAGAUUAUUCCUGUGAAUGUGAAGCAAGAAUUAUCUUCUGAUGCCUCAAAUAGUACCAGUGUUGUAGCCAAAAAUACAACGCAUCCCCAGGAUAUUGAGGUGCCACCACAGAAUUCCUUGCGUAAAAUGGAGAAACCUCAAUGUCAAGCUGAUGAAGUAGACUCCAAAAGCACAACAUUUUUGAAAGAUGUUCCUCAUGACCAGAAUAAUGAAACCUAUAAACACUCUGCAACAAACGAAAAAACAUUGACUGACUCUGUCCUAGCUUUAGAAAGGGGGUCAGUUGAUGUUUCUUCUAAGGAAAUCUCUUCAUUGGUUGACAGUUCUGUUUUAGUUCAAAAUAAUAAACAGGAUGAGGUGUCCUCAACAGACCAAAAGGAGAAAAUGGAUGGUUCCCCACUACAUGGGAAGAGUGAGGUUGCUGAUGUCUCCAAAUCAGAGGAACAGAAUGGGACUUCUGUUGAUUUGUCUUCAGUGCAAAGGAAAGAGAUGACUGAUGAAUCCACAUCCAUCCAUGCUGAUGGGACCACUGAUAAACUCCCACCUGUCCCUGUCCAGAACAAUGGAGCCACUGAUGUUCCUCAAUCAGUUCAGAAUGAUGAAACUACAGAUGUUUCCCUGCCAGCUCAAAAAAAUGGGUCGGUUGAAGGACCUCCGCCAAUUAACAGCAAAGAACAACCUGAAGUCGUCGCUCAAGCCAAUGAAAAUAUUUUAAGUGAUGGCUCUAUUAAUAAAUCAUAUGAAACGACAAUGGAGUUACAAAGUUCGGCUGAAUCAAAGGUCAAAAGGAGCUCAACAAAAAGUAAAAAGAAAAAAAGGAACUCAAAAAACAUAGAAGAGAUUGGAGUUGACUCUGGCACACACAAAACAAAGAGUUGUGUGGUACAGUAAGGUUUCAGAACAAAGAAUAUCCCCAGGCAGUGAAGAUCUUGGAAAACUCCUGUCAUCUGUUCCGUUUGCCUACAUUUAGAAUUCUUUAAAUUCUUUUUGGGAAACUUGCUGUAUAUAACUUUUUUUUUUUGUUUUUCAACUUUUUGUAUAUAGCGUUUUAAUGUUCUUUCUUUAUACAGAUCCCUUUAAAAGGGUUUUGCAUAUCUGGAAAAAAAAAAAUAACUCAUAACAGUAAUGGGACUCAAAAGGCCAUGUGUUUCUCUAGCUACUCCGGCCAAAAAAUGAAACCUUCUCUUGUAAAGUCUUUUGUAUGAAUUCCUUACUCCAAAUUAUAAGAGCUCUGUGCUCGAUGUUACAGUUUGGUCUCUACUUAGUAGAAUUAGAAUUAGAAUUGAGAUAGUUGCUCCUUUUGUUAAAGGGGUUUUCUGGUAAGUAAGAAUUAUCUCCUAUCCACAGGAUAGGGGAUAACUAUGAGACAGGUGGUGGUCCUACCACUGGGACCUCCACCAAUCACGAGCUUGUAGGCCUCGUAUCCCCUGCAUGCCCCCUGCUGCUCCCCUGAAAUGACUAGAGGGGCCGGUUCCUUUCUAUGAAAAUUCUGCAGGUAGGUGAGCGCUGUAUCUCUAUCGCUUGGCUAUCUCCAGAACUCCCAUAGAAAUUAAUGGAGUGGCCAUGCGCAUGUGUGACCGUCUGCUCCGGUCAUUUCAGGAGAGCAGUGAUCGGUGGGGGUCUCAACAGUAGAACCCCCACCGAUCUGAUAGUUAUCUUCUAUCCUGUGGAUUUCACUCUGACACGUCUGGACCCUUGAGGUGUUGCCGUAAGCAUGCAUGACAUUUUCUACCCUGUAUCAGAAACUCAUGGAUGCUGCCAAAUUCAUGACCAUGGGCAACAAAAAUGGGUUCCUGCCAAGAAGAAAAUUGCCCCAAAAUAUAUAAUCAGGACGUGAAUGGUAAAGUAAUGGCCAAAAACAAUUUGACCCAGGUAGACCUUUUUAAGAAGUAAAGUAGACUACCGGGUAUAUGUUUCCUAACAUGGGUAAAGGAUCCAGGGAAUAUAUUGUGGAAAUGUUCACAGAUGGCAUUGUAUGAUGCACCCUUUGACUACUUUGUCUCCUUGCCUAAAUUAUAGGAGUACCAUGACCAGAAAUGGUGGCAAUCUGGAGGUUUUUAUGCUAUAGAAGUAUGUAUAGUAAUGUUUUAGGAUGUUUUUCAAAGAAUGUAUUGACUUUGAAGUUACUUCUGGGACUUGGUUGUAUCUGGGGCCAUUAGACCACAGUGGAAGUGAGAGAAACAAUUUUCGAAAGAUUUUGCUUUGCUUUUCCAAAUUUGAAGGGGGUGUCCAAACCCUCACAUUGACGUGUAACAAAAAAAAAAGGUAUAUAUCUUUUUAUUGUACAAACUCUGAAGGCCUUAGGGCUCAUGCACAAAAAACGUAUCUUUUUUUUAGUCUGUGUCCGUUCAUUUUAUUUAUUUUUUGCGGAACCAUUCAUUUCAACAGGGCCGC